AUGCCAACGCCUUCCCAUUCCUUCUCACCAGUAUUACCUCCCUUAGUCGCAGGUGAAGGACCACGCUCUCCAAACCCCAACGCAACUUCCACUCCUCCUGUAAUCCGCUUCGAUCAGGACACGCCUGGAUACGGUGGUCUGUCACACGUGUCGCCGCAUCGCGUUUUCUAUGACGGGAAGCUAUAUCCGACAGCGGCUCAUCUGUUCGAGGCACAUCGUUUCUUAGGGAGGCGUAAUGAUUUAGCAAAGCGUGUUCGCAAGACUCAGACGCUUCCAGAGUUGGACGCUCUCUUGAGGAACAUAUCCGAACACACACGGCAUGACUGGGAGGAGAUUCUGUUUAGUAAAAUGGAGGACGUACUGUAUCGCAAACUCGCGCAACAUCCGGAUCUGCGUGAACUCUUACUAGACACAGGUAUCGCGGAGAUCGUCUAUGCAGAUGCUUCUGAUCCGUUUUGGGGGACGGGUGAACAUGAAGAAGGGGAGAACGAACUUGGAAAAACUUUAAUGCGUGUCCGAGAGCGCUUGAGAUAUGAAGCUGCUGAAAGUUAA